AAACUUAGUCAUCGAGUGUAUUUUUGCAGAAUCUCAUUAUAAAUUUCUUCCACCCGUAAAGUAGGUUAGGAGAAAGUUAACUUUUUACAACAAACACUGCAGUGUAUUUAGUAUAACAUUGGCAGCUGUAGUGUGCAGUGUUAUAAUUUGACAAAGACAAAGCAAUGGGUUUAGGAGGACAAGAUUCAUCCGUUGCGGACUACGUCUGCCAAUUACCGGAAGCCGAAAGAACGAAAGCGCUUCAAGAACUGAGAGAAGAUGAUAAUAUCAGGGAACAGAGCUUGGAUCAGAUGCGGGAGUGGAUCAACAAACAUCCCAACAUCAAGAAAUGCAGAACAGAUGCUCCUUUCCUGCUCCGUUUCCUAAGAACUCGCAAAUUCAGCGUUCCCCAAGCGUGUGAGAUGUUGGAACGCUACUUAACCAUCAGACAACUGUACCCGCAGUGGUUCAGAAACCUAGAUUGCGAAGAUCCAGAUUUAGCCGAAAUCAUCAAUGCUGGAUACCUCGUGCCGCUUUUAGAGCGUGAUCAAGGGAGAUUAGUUUUAUUUAGUUGUGCUGGAAAAUUUGAUCCUCAUAAAUUCACUUCAGCACACAUGGUUAAAGUCCACAGUUUAGUCACAGAAACUCUCAUGGACGACGAAAUCAACCAAAUUAACGGCUACACUUACAUUAAUGACGAAAGUGGAUUUCAGAUGGCUCAUAUUUCUCUGUGGUCUUUAACCGAUGUUAGAAACAUUCUGAGAUGUAUUCAAAAUACUACACCAAUGAGACAUAAAGCUAAUCACUUCUUGAACAUCUCAUCCAGUGCGAUCAAACUUAUUGAAUUCGCGAUUUCUCUUCUCAAUGAGAAGCUUAAAAAUCGUAUUUUUAUCUAUAAGAAUAUUGAAGAAAUGUACGAAAAAGUCGAUAAAAAGAUACUUCCCAAAGAAUAUGGAGGUGAAGUACCUCUUGAAGAAAUGUUAGCAAAAUUCAAGACUGUUCUCAAAGCAAAACGCGAGCAAGUUCUAGCUCUAGAUGACAUGUAUAUAGAAAUCGACGAGAAAACUUGUCCUCUAGUCUCUGAAAUGAACGAAGAGCUUGGUGUUGGCAUUGAUGGCAGCUUCAAAAGAUUGACCGUUGAUUAGUUAACUAGUCUUGAGCAGUCACAAUCUCUUUUUUUUUCUGUUACGUAAAUGUGAUAACAAUGACAAUUAUUCAACCUGAAUAAUAAAACUUACUAAACUUUUUACAGCUAGUGGUUAUUGUAAUGGUAAUGUAACUCAAUUACUUUGUAAGUUUAUUAGCUAGAAUAUGCCCAUGGUGGUUUUCAGUUACCUUUUCUUUCCGUAAACCUAUAUUAUUAAGUCGUUAUGUUACUGUAAUCGAUAGGAAUUGAUAGAUUACCGGUGAACUAUUAAAGAUAAGUCACUCAAAGUAGGUGUCACCUGUUCUAUUUUAUGGUAGUUUAUUAUUUCGUAGUUGUUAUUUCGUUUUGUUGUUUAUCAGAAUUUUGUUGUAUAAAAAUUAUAAGCACGUUGUUGAAAUAAGUUUGUUCCAAGAUAUAUUUUUCUAAGGCAAAAUA